AUGGAUCAAAGCAUGACAAUGGAGUGGGAUGCGCCUUCGUUCACUUCAAAAAUGACCGAGUGGGAAAGCAAAUGGAAAGGCCAUCUCGCUACCCACAACAGCAUUUUCCAGGCAGAAGCUGUGGCAAUAGCAGCUGCAAUUCAGUAUGCUCAGGAUAUCAAUCUAGCAGCAACCGAAAUUCACACAGACAGCAUGUCAGUGCUACAGGCAAUCAUGAAUCACCACCAUACCUCACCCACAAUUAUAGCAAUCCAACAGCUCUGCGUAACAAUAUGCAAAACACACAUCAAACUAAUCUGGGUGAAAGGACAUGAUGGCAUAGAGGGUAACGAGAUGGCAGACCAGUUAGCAAACGAGGCGGCACUCAACAACGACGCGCAAGAGGUGACAACUCCAAUCCCGACUUCGUAUUUAAAGCGAAAGCUAAGAGAACUAAGCAAAGAACAGUGGCAACAGGAGUGGGAUAACUGUGAUACAGGAAGAAGGACACACGGAUUCUACCCAAUAGUAGACAACGAACGUCUCCAGGCCAUUGCACCCUUGACAUACUAUAUCACGGGGCACGGCCCAUUUCCAUCCUAUUUUCAAAGACAUGCAAUUUCGAUGACAGAUAUAUGCGUCUGCGGGGCAACUGGCUCCCCGACCCCGACACUACUAUUUUGA